CUUUAUCUCUUCUUUUUGCAUUUUCCUUUCCACCAUAUUUUGAUCAAAGGGUAUGUAUGUAUGUGUGUAAAUAUAUAUUAUUGUAAAGGAUUGAGUUUUGUAGGGAAGUAAUAUGGCUGCAGAUUCAUUUGAUGAAGAGUGUGAUUAUCUGUUCAAGGCAGUGCUGAUUGGUGACUCAGCUGUGGGGAAAUCUAAUCUGCUCUCUAGAUUUGCUAAGGAUGAUUUCCAGUUGGAUUCUAAGCCUACCAUAGGUGUGGAGUUUGCUUACAAGAAUAUUAAGGUGGGGGAUAAGGUUGUGAAGGCUCAGAUAUGGGACACUGCUGGUCAAGAAAGAUUCAGAGCGAUCACAAGUUCAUACUACCGGGGAGCUCUGGGGGCGCUGCUAGUGUAUGACAUAACGCGCAGGGUAACAUUCGAGAACAUAAGAAAAUGGCUGGUGGAACUGAAGGAGUUUGGAAGUUCAGAAAUGGUGGUGGUUCUGGUUGGCAACAAAUCUGACCUGGGAAAUUCGAGAGAAGUUAAGACAGAAGACGGGCAGAGGGUUGCUGAGUUAGAGGGUCUGUUAUUCCUGGAAACAUCUGCAAUGGAGAAUCUGAAUGUGGAAGAGGCAUUCCUGCAGAUGAUCACAAAGAUUCAUGAAAUUAUGAGCCAGAAAAGCUUGGAUGCUAAGAUGAAUGAACCAAACACUACUCACCUGCUGCAGGGGAAAAAGGAGAUCAUUAACAUUGAUGAAAUCACUGCACCAACUAAACACCCUCCUCCUAUUCCUAAUUGCUGUCUAUACUGAACUCAACUAUCUAUCACUUGUUGAAUUUAUUCCUACACCUCAUAUGGUAGCUGCAGAUUAUUAUAUAUGUUUUUUUUUUUUGGUUAUGAAUUUUUGUUUAAUUUGUCCUCUGAUUCUGAUGCAAGGGUUGGGAUGGAAGACCCAAGCUUUGUCCUCACUAGUGUCUGUGUUUUUCUGCCAAGACCCAAAUUGAUGUAAUUCAUUCAAUAUUCAUGAACCCUUUUUCAACA